GACGCUGCAAGUGACAACGCAGCCAGACCACGGACCUUUGCCACUAGAGACUCAGAGUACAAGCCACUUCCAGACUCUCUCAUUGUCUUCAACCUGCAGCCAUAGUCCAACGAACUCGGGGUUCAUAUUCAAGACGCCAUGAGAGAUUCGAAAUUUGAUAUUCACCACUAUGCCCCCGUUCUUUGAGUUCCUGUGACGCACGCAAACCCUCUUAGUGUCGUCGUCUAAUAAAUUCCCGAUCUUCAUUUCCAAGUCCCCAGAUUGCGCAGCAGGCCGAGCAACCCAGCAAGUCUUCCGACAACGAAGCUCGACCAAAGCAAACAUUGCUUCCACCUGCAACAUUCGAACCAACAAGCUCUUGUUCCGGAUCAACGUGAGCCACGAAACGAAACAAAAGCCAUCAGGUUCCCCCGCAUCUGCGCAACCCGAAAGAGCCUGUUUCCCCAACGACCAGAGGCUGUCGCAAGCCUGGCCUGGUCUGGCAGCCGUGAUUUGAGAUGGCCAGCUCCUUCGAGAAGUCUGUGAAGGGCGCGACGAAGAUCAAGGCGGCGCCUCCGAAGUCCAAAUACAUCGAGCAUAUUCUAAUUGCGACACAUUCGGGGGAAAAUGGAGUGGCCGAGGUGUUCCGAGCGCUCCAGAACCGGUUGCGAGAUUCAACGUGGACCGUUGUUUUCAAAAGCUUGAUCACAGUGCACCUUAUGAUACGGGAAGGCUCGCCGGAUGUUACGUUGGCAUAUCUGGCACGGCAUAGAAGCAUGUUGGCUAUAGGAAGCUUUUCUGAUGUCCAAACCCAAGGUCGGAACAUUCGCCAUUAUACCAACUAUCUCAUGGAGCGAGCCAGAGCGUACAGAGAUACCAAAUGCGAUUUCGUUCGCGGGGCAGAGAAUAGGUUAGAGAAGAUGACGGUUGACAAGGGCCUACUCCGCGAGACGGAAGCCGUUCAACAUCAAAUUACGGCUCUAUUGAAGUGCGAUGUUUUGGACAACGAACCAGAGAACGAAAUAACCAUUACCGUUUUUCGUAUGUUGGUGCUAGAUCUAUUAGCAAUGUUUCAUGUCAUGAACCAAGCUAUGAUCAAUAUUCUAGGCCAUUUCUUUGAGAUGUCAAAACCGGACGCUGAGCGUGCUAUGGAGAUUUAUAACAACUUUACGAAGCAAACGGACUUUGUCGUUCAGUAUCUCAGUACCGCUCGCCAGUACGAGCAUCAGACCCGAGUCGAGGUUCCAAAAUUGAAGCAUGCUCCUGUAAAUCUUGGAAAACAAUUACAGGAGUAUCUCAAGGACGAGGAUUUUGAAAUCAACAGAAGACAGUACUUGGCGGAACAAGAAUCGAAAGGAAGUCGGACAAAUGGUGCAGGAACCAAAGCAUUUUCGACUCCUGCUAAAAGCGACGCGGAAUCCCGAGCUGCUGCAGGACGAGCAUUUCCUGACGCCUCCAACCAAUCAGCUACGAAGACCUCUGCACCCGCGAAAGGACCUGAUCCUGAUCUCAUAGACUUUUUUGAUUCGAUAGAGCAAAAUCAGCAGACUAUGGCGACUCAACCCGGAAUGCAGCAACAGGCACCUCAAUUCAACAAUGCUUUCCAGAUGCAACAGCCUCAACAGCUUCAGCAGAACGGGUUCGUAUCACAACCGACUGGUUUCCACAAUCCGAAUCAGUUCAAUCAGCAACAAGCUUUUAGCAAUGGAUUUGCCGGAAUGCAGCAACCACAGCAGCAGCCCCAGCCCCAGCAACAACAACCUCAACCUGUUCAGCCCAACUUUACCGGGGCUGGCUUUGGAGGUUAUACUCCUCAACCUGCAUUCCAACCAGGAGGUCUUUCUUCCAUCCCCCAGGAUUCGGCGGUCAAUUUUCAACAGCAAAUGCCCCAACAACAACUCGGACCCGUGCAGACAGGUGCACAGCAGACCACGAACCCUUUCCGCCAGUCGAUGAUGAUGGCAAGUCCUACGGGAAUGCAAGGACCGUCAUUCCCGGCAUCGCCUCCUGUCACAUCCCCCAUAACCCGCCAAUCUACGAAUCCUUUUGCUAAGUCAAUAUCUCCACCAGUUCAACCAUUCUCUCCACCACCUGAUCAGCAGUACCAACAACAGCAGCAACAAACCCAACAGACUGCAGCACCUUUGCGGUCAAUGGCAACUGGCACUAAUCCAUUCGCAAAGAACUUAGCUAUGAAUUCUGCACAACGGCCCCAGACAAGUGCAGGUCUGGCGCCCCAGCCAACAGGAAGCACGAAUCCGUUCCGUCAGAGUCAGUUUGUCAAUACUGCAACGGGAACGGGCUGGCAGCAUGCACAACAACCAAUGGGCGGUGGUCUAGAUAAUUUAGAAACAGUGCCGGUCUUUCCAAGGCCGGCGCAACAACAAGCUUGGCAACAGUAAGUGGAGGUAAUAAGAGCGUCUUUUUAGGGUGAUGAAGAUCAUAGCAUGGCGUUAGGAGAUAAGUUUGAUUCACAAUGCGAGCUAGGUAGAUGGAUCAGCAAGCACCAAAAUGCUUAAUGUGGUAUUACAUGGCCUUAAGCCAUAGAUGAUCAGACUACCGAUAUUGGAGUCUAAUGAGAAGACCCGACCACGCUGUAAU